UUCAAUUCAACUAAUGAAAUGGAGAGUCGAGUGCUCUCUAUUCAAUCGCACGUCGUCUCGGGAAUUUGUGGUAAUAAGUCAGCGGUUUUCCCUCUUCAAACUCUAGGCUUCGAGGUGGACUUUAUCAACUCGGUGCAGUUCAGCAACCACACCGGCUACGGCACCUGGACCGGCCAGGUGCUGCACGAGUCGGAGCUGCUGGAGCUUUUUAGUGGCCUGAAGAAGAACGACCUCCACCGAAACUACACGCACAUUCUCACCGGCUACGCGAGGUCUUCGAGCUUUCUCGAAGCCGUCCACUCGGUCAUCAGCGAAAUCAAGACCAUCAGUCCGAAUGCAAUCUACUUGUGUGACCCUGUUCUCGGCGACGAGGGUAAACUGUACGUACCCGAGGAGCUGGUGCCCAUCUACCGCGACCGCAUUGUGCCGCUCGCCGACGUCGUGACGCCCAACCAAUUCGAAGCAGAGCUGCUGACGGGGACCAAGAUUACCGAUAUUAAGUCGGCUAUAACGGCCAUUGACGUUCUGCACGCCAAGGGCAUCAAAACGGUGGUCAUCUCUAGUACUGAGCUCAGUUUCGGCGGUGCCGCCGGCGGCUCAAGCAACAAUCUAGUGGCCAUUGCCAGCUCAACGGUUGGUCGUGGCUCAAGCAGUGCUGACACAGCAGCAGCAGCAGUAGUGCCACAACGCUUCCAAAUUGCCAUUCCCCGUUUCGAUGCAACCUUCAUCGGCACCGGCGACCUCUUUGCCGCCCUCUUCCUCGCCUGGCUCACCAAGACCAACUUUGACCUGAAGCGGACGCUGGAGAAUGUGGUGGCCAGCCUGCAGGCGGUCAUCAAGCGCACCUACGCCUUUGCCAUCAAUAGACCUGGGGGCAUCAAGAGCUGGGCGAACAUUGAGCUGAAGACGAUUCAAGGUCGGGCGGACAUUCUCCAGCCCAAUGUGGAGAUUGCCGCCGAGGAGGUAGUGCUUUAA